UUAUUUUUAUUUUAAACCCAUCUAUGCUAGAUAAGAUUAGACGAAUCUAUAUAUAUUAGUUAAUUACUUUAACUAGUACAUAGUAUUUAAGUUACUGUGGUGAAUGAAUACCGCAAAGCAAAAUGUGUAAAUUAAUUUUGUUGUUUGUGAUUGCCGUUUUUAGCGUCAAUGCAUACAAACUUGAAGGAGCUAGCAGACUUGUAGGAGGAACAUACAGAAGCAACAUAAAUUAUGUGAUAUCUUUACAAAAGAAAGAAUCAACACCAACCUACGAGAGAGGUCACAAAUGUGGAGGUGUGUUAAUUACUCGACAGAAUGCAUUGACAGCCGCUUCCUGCGUUUUUGAAGAUGGACAACCGAUCGACAUAACUAACUACAGAGUAUUCGCUGGGACCGUCCUUACAAAUGAUAAUGCAGAUAGCGUCCGCGACAUAGCGAGUAUAACUGUCCACCCGGAAUAUAACAGUCAGACUUCUGCCAACGACAUUGCUGUUAUUACAUUACAAAAUGCUUUCCCGGACGCAAUAAACCCCUUGCCAAUGCCAACUGGUGAAUUAUCUGAUCAAAGUCUAUGUGAAUCUUCAGGUUUUGGAGGCCGUAAUACAUCAUCUACGGCAAGUGCGCAAUUGAUAACGCUAUCGUCAGUAUUCACGAUAGGAAGAGAGGCAUGCAUCGAAGAAAUGGGACAUAUGAUGACAUUGGAACUCAGCAUGAUUUGCGCGGUAUCGCUGGGUAGUGGAUGUGUGGGUGAUGAAGGAAACCCACUGGUGUGCAACUCUGAAAGCGGUUCUCAGGUUCUCAUAGGUUUACUGUCUAAUAGCAAGAAUUGUGUGCUUGAUCCAUAUUCCCCAGAAGUGUACACUCUAGUUUACCCAUUCGCCACAUGGGUGAAUCAAGUUCUCUAUUCUGAGACCGAGUCAUCUUCGUCCUCUAGUACAACCACUACUACAACCACUCCUGAGCCCGAGUCAUCUUCGUCCUCUAGUACAACCACUACUACAACCACUCCUGAGCCCGAUUCAUCUUCGUCCUCUAGUACAACCACUCCUGAGCCCGAGUCUUCUUCGUCCUCUAGUACAACCACUCCUGAGCCCGAGUCAUCUUCGUCCUCUAGUACAACCACUACUACAACCACUCCUGAGCCCGAUUCAUCUUCGUCCUCUAGUACAACCACUCCUGAGCCCGAGUCUUCUUCGUCCUCUAGUACAACCACUCCUGAGCCCGAGUCAUCUUCGUCCUCUAGUACAACCACUACUACAACCACUCCUGAGCCCGAGUCAUCUUCCUCCUCUAGUACAACCACUACUACAACCACUCCUGAGCCCGAGUCAUCUUCCUCCUCUAGUACAACCACUACUACAACCACUCCUGAGCCCGAGUCUUCUUCGUCCUCUAGUACAACCACUACUACAACCACUCCUGAGCCCGAGUCUUCUUCGUCCUCUAGUACAACCACUACUACAACCACUCCUGAGCCCGAUUCAUCUUCGUCCUCUAGUACAACCACUACUACAACCACUCCUGAGCCCGAGUCUUCUUCGUCCUCUAGUACAACCACUACUACAACCACUCCUGAGCCCGAUUCAUCUUCGUCCUCUAGUACAACCACUACUACAACCACUCCUGAGCCCGAUUCAUCUUCCUCCUCUAGUACAACCACUACUACAACCACUCCUGAGCCCGAUUCAUCUUCCUCCUCUAGUACAACCACUACUACAACCACUCCUGAGCCCGAUUCAUCUUCCUCCUCUAGUACAACCACUACUACAACCACUCCUGAGCCCGAGUCAUCUUCCUCCUCUAGUACAACCACUACUACAACCACUCCUGAGCCCGAUUCAUCUUCCUCCUCUAGUACAACCACUACUACAACCACUCCCGAGCCCGAUUCAUCUUCCUCCUCUAGUACAACCACUACUACAACCACUCCUGAGCCCGAUUCAUCUUCCUCCUCUAGUACAACCACUACUACAACCACUCCUGAGCCCGAUUCAUCUUCCUCCUCUAGUACAACCACUACUACAACCACUCCUGAGCCCGAUUCAUCUUCGUCCUCUAGUACAACCACUACUACAACCACUCCUGAGCCCGAUUCAUCUUCGUCCUCUAGUACAACCACUACUACAACCACUCCUGAGCCCGAUUCAUCUUCGUCCUCUAGUACAACCACUACUACAACCACUCCUGAGCCCGAUUCAUCUUCGUCCUCUAGUACAACCACUACUACAACCACUCCUGAGCCCGAGUCAUCUUCGUCCUCUACUACAAGUACAACCACUACUACAACUACUACUACAACCACUACUACACCCGCUCCUACUACACCGGAUCCAACCACACCCGAUUCAACCACACCCGAUUCAACCACACCCGAUUCAACCACAACCGAUUAUACCACAACCGAUUCAACCACAAUCGAUCCUAUUCCGGGAUCGGCAUCUACGUCAAAACUCGGAACUGCUGUAACACUCAUGUUUGUUGUCAUCCAAUGCUUCUUAAUCUAAAACUAAGUCUAAGCCAAAAUAUUACUCUUUUUUAAUAUCUUAGGAUUAAUUUAUUUUUGGAACAACUAUCGUGAGACAUAGUAAAUUAACAAAAAAUCACGGUUUACUCACGACUAAUUUAUUGAGAAAAGCUCUACUAGUUUCGAGUCACAGAGGGACUCUUCCUCAUGAGCAGCGUGCGUAGACGCGGUGAUAAGCAUAAUGGCAUUUGGUUCUGAUGCUGGUCUGGUAAAGUCGUAUUUUUUUUGCACGUGAUUUUUUUACGAUGUCAAAAACGUCAUUUUGUAUUGACUAGACGCCAUGAGUACAUUUUAUACUGAGUGUCAUUUGAAGGUACGUUUCAUAUUGAGCGAUGAUGUAGCAAAUUACUCAUAUUAUAUACUUGAAUUAGAUUUAUUCUAAUUAUAGUUUUCAUAUUUUAAUAUUUUUAUCUAGACAACAGUUACCCAGAUAAGGUACGGACUGGACAGAUUUUAUUAUUAAAUUUUCGUACUCUGUCAUAAUCCCUAUUCUUGUAGAAGUCGUACUAUGCUAGUUUUUAAGACAUACUUAGAUAAAACUGUAAGGAUUGUUGUGUGUGUCAUUAUGUUUGAAUUACUUAUUAUACUGUGUGAAAUGUGCAACGCCGUCGAUGAUAUCGAACACAUAUUGAUAGGAUAUAAGUAAUAUAUCAAGAAUGAGUCGAUGAGACGUAAUGUUAUAAGUAAAUUAUUAUUAAACUUGCCAUGAAUGUAUUACUAUUUUACAUAAGAAUUUAUAAUAAGUAAAUGUUUAUACUCGUAUUAUCAAUACAAUAAAGAAAACAUUUAUAUUAUUUUCAA